UUCAGCUGCCUGGAAGCGUAUUGGGAUGCCGAUGCCUCCUCGUCCUCGUCUGCUAGGAUUACGUUUAUUACCGCGCAACAACGAACCAUCCCAGAGACAGCAAGGAUCCAGGAGAAAGACCAGGACUCCUCUAGAACCGGCACAAUGCCACGCUUUCGCAACGAGGAGCCGGAGCAGUCGCACUACAGCGAUGGCGACGUCGUCUGGGUGAAGAUCCACAACACGGAGAUCUGGUGGCCCGGCGAAGUGACCCUUUCGCAGGACUUUCGCUUCGUCAACUCCAGCCGACCGCCAUUCGCAGUUGUGGCGUUUUUCAAUGAAAAAACCUUCGAGCAAGUGAAAUCACCGAAAUUGAUAUACCCCUUUCAAUGCGAUCACAAGGAGGAGUUCAUUAAACGAGGCACCAAAAAGGCCGAUGGGAUGCACAUGGGCGACAAGUUCAGUGACGAUGUGGCGAUCGCGGAGUCGCGGUAUCGCCGUCACCAGGUCCUCGGCCUGCAUGCCGAUCGAUCGUCGGUGAUCGGUGACGGGGGAACCGGAAGCGGCAGCGGAAGCGGAAACGGAGGAGCAGGCGGAAGUGCCCCCCGACCGGACAGCCUCAUCAAGGCCUUCCUCUCGAGCAGCAGCAGCAUCAGCGGAGGCAGCAGCAUGGGACACAACAACAGUGGCCGCAGCAGCAGCGGAGUGCCUUCACCAGCGGGGAUUCGACAACAGCAGGCGCCCACUUUCCGCAUCAUGGACAUCGGAGGAGGCGGCGGCUCCUCCGCCAGCGAUCCACCUCGCGAUCGCACCUUCGACGAGGCCAGCUACGAGUGCAACAUGUGCACCUUUCGCACCAACAGCAUGAGCGUCCUGCUCAUCCAUCGGCGUGCCCACUUGGAGUCGAGCAGCAGCUUCAGCAGCAGCAACAGCAAUAGCACCAGUACCACCGCCAGCACCAGUCACCAAUCCUCGAUGCUCUUGAAUGUGGGAACCCGCAAGACGCGUGCGGCACGCGCCAGGGCUCACACCACCACCAGCAGCCAGCAGCCCUUCCAUCGCAGCUCGGUGCGCUGCCAUUCGCGGCACGUCUCCAUUGUGGUGGAUGCACCGCUGACCAACGAGGAGCAGAAGAUGGUGAAGAGCAUUGCCAAGCAGACGCUGGCCAGCAUCGAAAUGGUGGUCCGUCCCGGCGAGGAUAGCUCCUCCGCCGCCUCGAAUCGUAAUAGUAGCAGCUCAUCGUCGGUAACGCCGCCCGCGAAUCCCCGGGAUCCGCGUGGCCAGCAGCGCAGCUCCAAUCAACUGCGUGCCACCAUGCCCGCCCCACAAUCGCCGCCGGCGAAGCAGCGUCGACUUACCCGCUCCAUGAGCAGGCGGCAGCGGGGAGGAGGAGAAGCUAUCUCCCCACCAGCCGCCACUCCAGAGCUCCUACUGCCUCCUCCGCCAGCGAUGCAGACGCCACGCAGAGGAGCUAACAGAAGAUGCACUUUGGCUGCCACAGAGCAGCUGCCUUCGAUCACCAGGCGGGGUAAUCCUCUCCGCAAAACGCUGACCACGGCGCCAGUGGAGAGCAAGGAGAAGUUGGAAAAGCUGGAGAAGGAGAAGCCACCUCGAAGCGCUGGUCGGCGCAAGAGAACCUUCUCCAGGAGUAGAACAGCGAUGACUGAGCGAGAUCGUCCGCUAAUCAUCCAUUCAUCGCCGCCGCCAACGAAAAGGGAAAUGGAAACGGCUAAGGAAAAGGCUAAGGUAGUGGAAAUGGAAAUGGAAGCGGAGCCUGAACUGCCCUCCACUGCCUCGCUAGAGGCUGAUCUUCAAGAGAAGCAGCAGAAAGAGAAAGAGAAUCUCCCGCAGAGCAGCAUCGAUGCCUCCAAGCAGCUGCAGUUAAGUUUGAUGGCCGAAUGGGGCGACGAUGAGACGGAUGAGUCGCUGGAGGAGCCACCGGUUAAUAAGGAGACGGUAUUGGAAGCUCCUCCUCCAGCAGAGCAGAAAGCAGAGGAGAAUGAGGAGCUAGAGGAGGAGGAACUGGAGGAGCAGCUAGAGAAGACUGAUGACUUGGAGGGCAUGAAAAAGAAGCGCAGCAUUCGCAAUAUACCAAAGAAGGAUCGCCGCGAUGUGGUUGUGCAGGAGUUUCAGCCAGAGCUGCCGGAGGAUGAGCCCCAAAUGGAUGUGGAGGAAGAGCAAGAGGAGCCGAUUGUCAUCCCCGACAGCGAUGCCAGCUCCAAUGGUAGCGUCGUGUUCGUGGAGGACGAGCCAAGGCAGCGAGGAGGCAGGGCAGGAAUACAUGCGCAUCCCAAUGGCAAUGGCAACGACAAGGCGGCCACAUCCUCAUCCUCAGUUAAGGCGGUCGUGCCCUCUUGCUUUGAUUUCGAGGAGGAGGAAGAGGAACUGCUGCUGCAGCCGGAGCAGCCGGAUGGUCAUGGGAAUGGCUUGAGCUACAGGCGUCGCACCAAUACAAAUCGAUGCCUCAUCGAUGUGAAUGGAAAAUCGCAUGCGGAGGAGGAGGAGGAGGAGCGACCAGCGGAGGUGGAGACUGCUGGAGGAGCUGCCCAGGAACUGGACGGUGGCCUCUUCAAGGGCUUUGAAGAUUUACAGGAACCAAUCGCAGCCGUUGAGACGGAGAAAGUGCCUGAACCGGAGCCCAAAUCCCCUGAGAAGCAGGAAGAGCUGCCGGUGGAGCCCGAGGAGGCUGCUCCAAGCGAGGAACCGGCCACCGAGGGCGAUCACUUGAGCCUGCCCAUCAAGGAGCGUCAGAAGCGCAUCUUUAAGUCGCGCAACAAGUCGAUUGCGGUUGCAACUCAGGAGGAGGAGGAGGAGGAGGAGGUUACACCGCCACUGCAGGAGGAGCAGGAAGAGCAGGAAGAGAAGCAGGAGCAGCAGGAGGAGGUAGAUACCUCGCUUCUCUUCAACGGCGCCAAGAGCCGCAGCAGCAGUGGUGAUGCCAUGGAGAGCCUGGGCAGCCGGAGCAGAAAUAAGCGGCGCAACAAAUCCAAGACUGAAUCAAACCGUCGACCGGCGAAGCUUACGAACCUCCAGAACCUCCAGAAGGAGCUCCUCCACGAGGAGCUGAGCAACAACAGCAGCAGCAGCAGCGGCAGUAGCAGCAACCAAGCCAGCUCCAGCUCCUCCAGCUCGGACUCCCACUGCAGGCUUUCCCCGGAGCCGAGCUCCAGCAACAGCUGUUCGAUAGCCUCGAACAUUGCGGUCAUUUCGGCGGAGGAGGCACGCGAACUGCAGCGCUCGGCCUCGGGCGCUGGAUUGAUACAUGCGGCCAUUGUGGAUGCCACACAGCCGGUGCAGCGAGGCGGUGUGCUCAUCCUGGAGGACAUACGACUGCCCAAUUUGUACGAGCCCUUUGGCAGCCUGCAGUCGUCCUCCACGGACAGCAAUGGCAGCAGGCAGACGAACUCACAGCAGCCGGAGGAUAAUGAUGAACAGUCGCAGGACACGACGACCGAGGAGCAGCUGGAGAAGAAUGAAGAGCAGGAGCAGGUGGUUGAAGAGAUUGAGGAAGUUGAGGAGGUUGAGGAGGCUGAAGAAGAUGAGGAGGAGGAGCAAAUGCCUGAUGAUGAACCAGCCGAGCAGCCAGAGCAGCAUCUAAAUCAAGAUCAGGAGGAGGAACAGAAGGAGCCACCGGAUAACUGGUCACCGGAGCGCCAAUCGCCCGCCGAGGAGGAGGUGCGCCUCCUGCCGCAGGCUCGCGAGGUGCUGCUCAAGAAGCGCGAGCAGGAGCUGCUGCGUCAGUACGAGGCUGACUUGGUCAGCGGUCGGAGUGCGGAGAAGUGUCGCCAGGCACGCGCCCGCUGGAGCCGAACGAUGCCGCGAUCCCCCGAAGAGGAGGAGGAAGAGGCGGCGGCUGCGGAGGAGCUGGAGCUAAUGGAGGUGGAGGAGGAGGAGGGUCCUGUCAAGGAGGAUGAGGAGCUGCCAGAGGAGGAGGAGCUGCAGCUGCAGCCAAUGGAGGAGGAGGAACCGCUAGAGGACACCGAGACCUCCCUGGACGAGCAGCUGGCCGCCGUGGAGCUGGUUCUGCCGGCCACCCUGUUCUCCUCGUCCUCGUCCCGUCGCCCCGCCAGCCACCCGCCAGUCACUCCUGUCCAGUCGCUUCCCCCCUCGACGCAGCCCGCCCGGCAUCUCAGCUGCGCCCGCACUUUGAGCGAUGCGGACGUGGCCAAGGCCCACCAGCAGCUGGUGGAUCUGCGGGAGCAGCAGCGCCUCCGUUCCACCUCCACAUCGCCGACGGCGGCGGCUGUGCUGACGCCGCCGGAAACCCUGCUGCAGCAGACCAGCGGGCAACGGAGGACGCGUCGCCGCUCGAGGAAUGCGGGCAGCAGCAGUGGUGGUGACCAUGUGAUGACCAUGGAGAGUGGAACCCGCAGCGACGUGGCCGAGGAGUCGUCGUGCGAGACCAAGGAUGGUCAGGAGAGCCCCGAGAACCCGCCUCAGCUGUGCGCUGGACGCAUCUGCGCGGUGAUGACUCGCCCGAUCCCCGGCUACAGCCACACCUUCAUGCUCUGCUCGCUGAACAACAACAACUUCACGCCGCUGAACAACGUGGCUUUGUACCUGGACAACGAGAAGAACCACUUGGUGCCGGUGCCGCGAGAGGCGCUCCUGGAGCCUCCCCGCCUGGCCGAUGGCCAUCCGCUGUCCGCCGUCUUUGCGGACAUUGAUUUUCUGGGCGGCGAGGCGGUGGCCCAGGUGGUGGAGCCCUCGGAGGCGGAGGAUCUUGGCCAGAGCCAGGAUCUCUCGCCGCGCCAUCUAUCCCCGCAAAUGCUGCUCAGCGAGGCAGCGGCGGCGGCGGGCGGCGAGCAGGAUGUCGACGCCAUGGGCAUUAUGACGCCCCUCAGCCAGGUGGGAGGCAACAUAACGGGAGCCGCCGGCGGUAGCAGCAGCUAUGUCAACGAGGAGGAGGAGCUGUCGCUGCACGAAGAGCAGCUGCAGGCCAAUGUGCUGCAGCUGAAUGUGAACGGCCAUCGGCUGGAUUUGGAUCCCUCGAUGCUGUUCAGCAUUGCCGAGCAGCCGGACUCGUGCAUCGAGGUGAGCGUCACCGAGACGACGGGUGGAUCAGGUGGCUCCGGUGGCUCCCAGUUGACUGGAGGAAUGAGAGCCGUGCUGCAGGCUCGCGACAUUCUGCAGGCGGCGGAGGUUUACCUGCAGGAGCGCGAUCUCCAGCUGGUCACGCUGGGCGAUGAAGAUGAAGCCACCGAUGGCGGGCUGCCUGUAACCGCCGGCACGGAUCUGCUCUCGCAGGCUUUGGCCAGCGCUGACGACGACGACGAGGAUGAUGACACGGCGGUGGACUUUGUGAACGCAGCCAACGCUGGCGUUGGCCUGCUCCACAUAGACACCCGGACCGGCGGCGCCAGUUUGCUGCAUGUGGGUGGCAGCGAGGUGUUCAUCUCCCAUCCGAUGGCUCAUCCGCAGAAUGUCCAUUUGACGCCGCCGAUAACGGCCCGCACCAAUGAGACAAACGCCCUGCUCGACCAGACGCCCAUCAUGUCCACGCUGGAGAAUCCCAGCAGCAGCAUGCAGCUGCGUCGCGUUUCGCCGCUGGUGGAGGGCAAUUUGGAGGACAGCCUGGCCGUGAUUGGGGUGACGAAUGGCAGCGGAGUGCCCACCUCGCUGGAGCUGCCCAUUACGGUGACCAAUCCGGCGAUUGCCUCGCGGAUGGCGGCCCCCGUUGCCGACAUGCUGCAGUUUGCUCCGUUUCAGUAGGAUGAGUAGGAGCAGCACACAGUCCAAGAGCAGAUGAACUUGCUUUAUUUUUCCUAAGAUUAAGAAACCUUUUGUUAGAAUAAGUAGAAAUGCAGCUAAUGCAUUUUAUGUUGAGUUAGUUAAAUUGACAAGAUAACAAGAGGAUAUUUAGUGGCCUAGAUUCCUCGACUUGACCUUAUCCACAUUGCAAAUGUAGGAUAGAAAAGGAAUCCCAUUUGCACGUAAAAGAUUUAAUAACUAUUGGUUAGAAGCGAAUAAGUAGAGCAAGUGCAAUGGAAGCUGUUCGGCACCAAAGGAAAAACCUACGAAGAGUUCACAGGAAGCACAUUUAUAUUUAUAUUUAACGACCAUAAAUGACUAUACCAAUGUGUGUAAGAUAUGUCAGUCUCUAAGCUAACAGAUAAAAGAUAACAGAUGAUGUAAAGUGAGAGAGUGUCCUCGCCCAGAAGAAUAAAAAAAGGCAAAUGUGCAACAAAGAUAUAUUUUUUUUAUUGCCACGGAUCGUAUUUAAGCAACCUUCUUCUAGUAAGCGUCAAGACAAAGCCUAAUUUUAAUUGACACCAGUGACUUAUUUUGGUUGGUUCGGUUCUGACAAGUUGAAUUAAUUAAAUACGCUGUAUUUAACUUUUUUUUUUUUUCGUUUCUCCAAAAAGCAAAACGUUUUGUGUCAAAAUUAUAUGCAUUUUCAACGAACGAGAAUCUACGCAUGUACAGUUUAUUUUUUGAAAAUACAACCAAAUAUAAAUAAAUAAAUAAAUGUAUGGAAAAAUAA